UCGAGUACAGCGAUCCACCACCUCUCUUAUUACUGCUCCCAGCAGCAAGAGUACAAUAUCAAACCAGCCCAGCCGCUACAGCGCACUUUCUCAUCGCCCCUAUGCAACGCUGACCAUGCCUCCUCUGACUUCCCCCUCGAAUCUAUUCAAGAAUCCCUCCUCCCAGUGGCUACUUCCUGUAACUCCACUUCCAGCAGAUUACUGACCCAUCUCAACAGCCUUUUCUUCAACUUCUUCGAAACCAACGCUCAAGCAACUGCCGCCUGCAUCUCCCUCCUCUCCUCCAUCAAAAGUGCUCGGUCCCACCACCAAACCAUCCACCGCCUCCUCCCCUCUUCCUCACCCUCCGCUUUGUUCCAACUCUCCUCCCUCCUUAAACUAGACAACCCUCUCUCCCCUAAAGCCCUCUCUUGCCUCCACUCCAUCCGCUCUCACUACCCCGCACUGAUCCGCAGCCUCACCUCAGCUGAUCAAAAGAUCUCUCGGUUAUUGAAACUCUACCACCUAACGAGGAACGCAUCAUAUGUGGCCCUUGUCGCUCUAAGCGCAGCAGUGGCCGCGAUGGUUGUCAUUGCAUCGCAUGGAGCAGCUGCAGUUGCCGUGGCGCCAGUUGCGACGGCUGGCAUCAGUUUGAAAGGUAGAACGGGAAAGUGGUUUAGAGGGUGGAAGAGAAUAGGAGCUAAGGUUGAUGUUGCGGCGAAGGGAGCUUAUAUCGUCGGGAGGGAUUUGGAUACGCUGAGUCAAAUGGCGAUGACAGCGCACGAUGACAUUGAGAACGGAAGGGGCAUGGCGAGGAUGGUGGUGGAGAAGAGAGAGUGGGAGGUGGUGAAGGAGAUGGAGAGAAGAGGAGAGAUGGGGUUAGGGUUGGAAGAACACUUGCAGGAACUUGAAGAGCAUGUUUACCUGUGUUUGACUUCCAUCAACAGGAGCUGGAGGCUUGUUGCCCAGGAGCUUGUGGAUAUGUAAGAGGCAGAAGUGAGGGAUUACAUGGCACCUACACACCCUUAUGUGUCAGUUCCUGUAAAACCACCCUGAUUUGGUAUAAGGGCGUGUAACUCCUCUUUUUCAACUAGCAUGUAAAACUUCUGGAGGGCUACUGGCUGUUGUUAUUUGAAGUUUAGCAUAUAUAUAGAUAACAGUUCUGUUUUCAACUAGCAAUAUCCUGUUGCUACCAAA